GCGAAAAUCCAGCAAAAUCUGCUUUUAUGAGACAGACUGUAAUUUAUGCUGGUGGAGCUAAAAAUGUUAAUCAUCAACACUUUUCCAAAACAUCUCCACCAUAAACUGAAGCAUUUCUAACGUUUUUCUUCAUCUUCUAAUAAUGAAGUGGACUCUGUGCAGGUUGGUUCUGUGCUUAUCAGAUCUCAGCCUGAUAACUCUGCUCUUCUUCCUGCUCCCAAACAGCAGCUCCACUCUGUCCACACGUUUCCUGGUUCCUCCCCUUCAGAUCUGCACUCUGAAGAUGGGUGGAACCAACAUGUGGUGACGUGGAAGAGCUGCAGGAACACGUGAUUUGUAGAUCACAGCUCAGACUAGUUUCAGGAAGGAGGAAGUGAAAGUCACACAGUCGCUGGUAGUGAGAGGAGGAAUGGCUCAGAAAGGAGUUCAGCUGGACCGAGAAACCUUCUCUUGUUGCAUCUGUCUGGAUCUCCUGAAGGAUCCGGUCACUACUUCCUGUGGACACAGCUACUGUAUGAAGUGUAUUAAAGCCCACUGGGAUGGAGAGGACCAGAAGAGAAUCUACAGCUGCCCUCAGUGCAGGAAGACUUUCACAGCGAGGCCUGACCUGGAGAAAAACACCAUGUUAGCAGCUUUAGUGGAGGAGCUGAAGAAGACUGGACUCCAAGCUGCUGCUGCUGAUCACUGCUAUGCUGGACCUGAAGAUGUGGCCUGUGAUUCCUGUUCUGGUAGAAAACUGAAAGCCUUCAAGUCCUGUUUGUUCUGUUUGGCUUCUUUCUGUGAGAAUCACCUUCAGCCUCACUAUGAGUCUCCAACUUUUAAGAAACACCAGCUGGUGGAGCCCUCCAAGAACCUCCAGGAGAACAUCUGCUCUCGUCACGAUGAGGUGAAGAAGAUGUUCUGUCGUACUGAUCAGCAGUCUAUCUGUUAUCUCUGCUCUGUGGACCAACAUAAAGGCCACGACACGGUCUCAGCUGCAGCAGAAAGGACUGAGAGGCAGAAGAAGCUGGAGGUGAGUCGACUGAACAUCCAGCAGAGAAUCCAGGACAGACGGAAAGAUGUGAAGCUGCUUCAACAGGAGCUGAAGGGCAUCAAGGUCUCUGCUGAUAAAACAGUGGAGGACAGUGAGGAGAUGUUCACCCAGAUGAUCCAUCUGAUCCAGAACAGAAGCUCUGAGGUGGAGCAGCAGAUCAGAUCCCAGCAGAAGACCCAAGAGAGUCGAGUCAAAGAGCUGGAGGAGAAGCUGCAGCAGGAGAUCAGGGAUCUGGAGAGGAAAGAGGCUGAGCUGAAGCAGCUCUCAGAUACACCAGAUCACAGCCAGUUUCUCCACAACUACCCCUCAGUGUCAGCACUCAGUGAGUCCACACACUCAUCCAGCAUCAGCAUCCGUCCUCUGAGACACUUUGAGGACGUGACAGCAGCUGUGAAAGAGCUCAGAGGUAAAGUAGAGGACGUUCUGAAGGACACCUGGACAAACAUCUCACUGACACUCACUCAGCCAGACGUUUUACUGUCAGAACCAGAACCAAAGACCAGAGCUGGAUUCAUGAGAUAUUCACGUCAAAUCACUCUGGAUCCAAACACAGCAAACAGAAAACUGUUAUUAUCUGAAGGGAACAGAAAAGUAACAUUUAUGGGUCAACAACAGUCUUAUCCUGAUCAUCCAGACAGAUUCACUUCACAGUGGCAGGUUCUGAGUAGAGAGAGUCUGACUGGACGUUGUUACUGGGAGGUGGAGUGGAGAGAAGGAGGACGAGGAGGAGUUGAUGUAUCAGUUUCAUACAAGAACAUCAGCAGAGCAGGAAGUGGGGCUGAAUGUAGAUUUGGAGGUAAUAACAAAUCUUGGGCAUUAUAUUGUUCCCAAAACUGUUAUGAAUUUUGGUACAACAACACUAAAACUCCCGUCUCAGGUCCUCGGUCCUCCAGAGUAGGAGUUUAUCUGGAUCACAGAGCAGGUAUUCUGUCUUUCUACAGCGUCUCUGAAACCAUGACUCUCCUCCACAGAGUCCAGACCACAUUCACUGAGCCGCUACAUGCUGGACUUUACAUUUUUUAUGGAGCAAGUGCUGAGUUGUGUGAAGUGAAGUAGAGGGAGGUAACUGAAGGUGCAGUGAGUCUGAUUGUGUCUUUGCUUCUUGGACUCAUUUAGUCUCCAUCAUUGCUGCUCACAGCUCGUUGUUGUUUGGUUUCUACAGAGAUCAGCUGUGGAUCAAACAGUGAGCGUCAGCACUCCUUGGUCUUCUCCUUUCUUCUUCUGCUCCUCUCUGACUUUCUUCCAACUUUCUCCACUAAAAUGUGACUGUGAUUUGUGUGGAUGUUUCCAGCCCAGAUGUAGUUUGUGCUCUCAGUCGGUAGAGAGGAUUUCUUCCACAGGACCGACAAGUGGAAAGUGUGAUUUGAUCCAGUUUGGGUGUGCAGACGUUUGGUUGAGUCCCGACACUCAUCGGACAGCAGAUGUUGUGUGGUUGUGGACUUGAUGUUGAUUUUCCUGAAGGUGAAACUUCCCCAUGAGGCUGUGCUGUUGGUUGAGUGUGGAAGCAGCCACACGUUGAGUCUGCUUUGAAAGCAUCACCACACAACAAGUCAUGUUUGAUGGAGCUUUCUGUUGUUCCUGACAACUUUUCUGACUCGUCACUGAACCGCUGACUGAUGCAGUUUUUACACCUCAAAUAUUUAAACAUCAACAACAAACAGAAAAUGUGCAUCUGUGUCAGCUUCACACAGAAAUCACUCAAUUCUUGGUUUAUUUCCAACGUUUUAUUGUAAAUAUUUCCAUGUUUUCAUGUUUCAGCUUCUCAGAAACUAUUUUUCAAUUUAAAAUCUGCGUGGAAAUGUAACAGGAAGUGACUUUUAUUGUUUUCCUCUCAUUUGAAUUCAUGUUUCUUCAAUCCUGUGUCAGUGAUGCGUUUAAGGAACAGCUGAGGUGAUGGAAAACUCAGCUUUCUAUUCCAAUGUGCUUCAUGUUUCUUUGACAGAGAUCUAUGUACAGACUAUGUUGUAUUUGUGUUUUCUGGGGAAAUCUGAUCAUUUUAUUCAUCUCACAUGGUGAUGUGUCAUUUUGUUGCUUUGUUUUGUUUCCAGACUGUCCACAAACUUGUGAUUGGGCUUCAUGUUAAUCUGCUAUUUGUAGUCAGACCUCCAGGUUUAAGUGGCCAAAACAUUCCACAGGAGAUCCCCUCCUCAGAUAACCACAAACUCUCUCUCUCAAAGACCUGAGUAAACACGCAAAGUGCCUUUUUAUGGCCAGAGAGAGCCCUGUAUCAUCCCAGAUGUGAUCCGUACCUUCCACCAGUGACACCCUACAUUCAUGUUUAUGACAACCUCUGACAUUGCUUAAGAGACCCCUUUUUGCAGACUAUCACUAUUUCUGUAUUAAAUUGGGACAUAUAUACUUUCAUGUAUCUCUAACUUCACAUACAGACUCCUUUUUGCAGAGAACUGGGAAUUGGAGACAGAACUUUCACACCUUCUUAAGGAACUGAACUGUUGUUUGCAACUCUGAAAAGUGCUUUGAUGAACUAAGUGUCCUCUCAGCUGGACCUCUGCUGCUCUCCCUGUCUGCCAUCAGAUAAGCAGGAUCAUAAAUAUUCUAAUGACCUGCUCUCACCUCUGAGAGGCUGGCAGAGACUUUCUCCUUUGCUCAGUCACAGAACUUCUAAAACUCAUAUUCAGAAAUGUAUUUUUGUGAUUCUGUGUUUACCAAAGAUAUAGUGAGAUGUCAACAUGUAUUUUGAACCAACUCCCGUUUUUCUUGCUGGUUUAAAUCGAAAGUUAUCAAACCUAUUGUGUUAUUCAUGAACAGUACAUUUUUCCUCCACAGCUCAACAUUGCCCCUUUUGACGUCGGAAUGCCAUGACAUUAUCGAGGUUUUCACUGUAUUAACCAUAAAACUUUGCUUUAUUCAGGUUUCAAAGACGUUGAAAACGGUUUUAUUCCGCCUUGUAUAAACGUAUGUUACCAUGUCUUCACUGUGAUACAUAUAACAACCAUUAGAAUGCACACGGACAUAUAAAUAGAAACUAGAACUCACAUAUUCUUAGACUAGCUUGUAUAAUCAGUUUAUUUUAUCUUUGAUUGUUUAAAAUAUAUUGUAAGGAUCAUGGAGGAGUAAACAGAUCGUUCUUUUGCGCAUUUCAAUAUUUUUAAUUUUUAUUUGAUCCGGUUUCGUCUCCCCCCUCUGAGCCCAAAGGAGGUUCCCUCAGAUUCAAAGGAAUGCGCGCCUCAGCCGACACUUCCACGCCCCUUCUCAGAGAAAAUCCUUAAAACCAGCCAUUUUACGUUUCACUCGCUCUCUUACGACGCUCUUUUGACUCUCUCUUACAAUUCUUCCUUUUCUCUUGCAUUGUAACUCCCUCUCCGAAACUAAGUCCGAGCGAUUCUUUUGUUUUUCCUUUGGCGCCUUUUCCUUUUUUCUAUUUACUCUAAGUUUAUCCUGGUGACAGAGCGGGCCUCUGCUAACCACGACUCCUAAUUAUUUUUCUUUUAAUCAAAGAAUAGAUAUCUUCGCUCACUACCUGAACAAAUAGAGCUACGUUUUUUUUUUGAUCAAGAACUAAUUCGAUCCCGUUUCACGGCUCCGACAGUUUUUUUAGCGGCUCUUUAUUCAUCUGUUCUCCAACCAAACCCGCCGACCGAGACAGACCCAGAGCCUGCGGUUUUGUUUUUUUUGUUUAUCAAGCCAUUUUUCGGUCAAGUCAACCCCAGAGAAGGACGGAUGGUUCCUGCGUUCUCCCCACCAUCUGCUGAGAUCCACCCAGCUGGCCCGAACAAAGCCUAACGGUGCUCAACAGCUCCAAGACGGCAGGACGCUAAGACGUUGCCAUAGCGACAGACUUCACGACUCGGGAAUCCACCAAGAAGUUGAAGUUAAGUUCCGUUCAAGGCACGCUGUCCCAGCCGCAACUCUGAGCAGCCAUUCUCCAACAAAGUAAGCCAGCAAACACACUGGUGUGAUCUGAAUUAUUGGGUUGACGUCUCAAAAUAGCUUGAAAUCUUCCUCAGCUUCCAAAAUCAUCUUUAAUAACUUGGUUUAGUCACUUAUCAGUCGUUCAUUUUCCAAAUUAUUAAUCAUCUCGUCAUACCUUCAGUGGUCUGAUUACUCAGUCCAUAAUCCUAGUUAGAAAUGCAAAUCUGAAUAAUUAACACACACACCUAUUAUCACACACACACACACACACACACACACACACACACACACACACACACACACACACACCUAUUAUCGCCCACACACACUUAUUAUCCCACACACAAACACCGUUAUACUUAUUACUGUAUUAAUCACUGUUUUGUUAUUAGUUUUAGUCAAUAAAUAUCUUUUAUUUAAACCACAA